AAAGAAGUGCUUCCUUAAAUCCAGUUUGAAAUGUUCUCCCGCUAAUUUCCACCUAUGGCCAAUAAGAACUUCUCUCACUGUUAUGUGCUUAUAUGUAAUUUACCAUAUAUUUUUCAACAAAGAGGAUCAGUUAACACCUCAAUAAUAAAUCCGAGUCUAGUUCACUCUAAAAUUCUGUUCCAAAGCAUGCACAACUGGCCACACCUGAUUAUGGCUGGACAAAAGAGUUUUCGUAUGCGCACCAGAGCCUGGAAAGGUGCGGUCUUACUGGCUGCUUGCCAUUCAUUGGUGUAGAGGGUGUAGCAAUAGACAGGAGCUCUGAAACAAAACACAGCCCAAGUUACACUUUCACACUCUGAGUAAUGAGGUCUUAUUGACUGUGUUUUCAUUUUUAUUGCGACAGAUCCACAGGAUGAAUAAUGUGGGAUGAGGUGGAUGAUGGCUUCUGAUUUUAGGUUUGAAUGUGUAAUAUACUUCUAGGUAGUACCAUAUAUGGUAAUGUUUUUCCACCCGGUCCUCGGGGAUCCACAGACAGUCCAUGUUUUUGCUCCAUCCCGGCUUCCUGCCGGAUCGUCCACUCCCGUCCUACCUGGAGCUGAGAAGGAGCAAGAAAAGAAAGUUCGGUCUGGGGUUCCCCAAGGACCGGUUUGAGAAACACUGCUAUAUGCAGUCAGACAGAUAUGUUGAAAUAACAAGAUGGACUGAGUCACUGCACAGUUUCCAAGGAUCAGGCUGAUGAAUGUUGACUGAUGUCCAUUGGCAGGCUAAAACAAAACCCCUCUCUAUCAUUCUGGUACAAUGCCUGCCUGUUACUGUCAUACUCUGUGAUUGGUAGUGUUUCCUGAUAGAGUAUUCCCAUAGUUUGAACUGGCAUAUCUGUGACAGGAUGUCAGCAAACUUCCUGUUGGGUAUCUUGACAGUAUUGAAAGGGCACCUUUAGCUAAGAUGCAUUAGGUGUUUCAUUUAUCAAAGGAUCUGGAGACUUUUCUGUUUACUGUUUAAACCUUCCACAACCAUGGCACAUGUUCAAUAAGGCAACAGACAGUGUUCUUAGUGCCUGGGUAGGAGGGAUUUGCUCACAUAAACCCGAGCAGGAGCUUCAUGACAGGAGUAAUGGUGCCUUGUGGGAUCCGCAGAGCCGGUCCUUGGGUUUGUGCAGAGGGAUUACUGGCACUGUGUGGAUCAGCUUCCUCAGCUGGACUCCUGUGGAAGCAGGCUGAGCCUAAUCUCUUUGGCUCUGGAACAGACAUCUGCUUGCAAGAAGCUGUUGACAGCGCAAGGCAGGGGGCGGUAUUUCCUAAGGCUGGCCCUUAAGAGAAGGAUUCUGGGAAGUGUAGUUCUGCACCUUUCACACACAAGCAAGCUGUUGGAGUGGUACAAUCCUACUAUUUCCAUUGUCAGAAAUGAUGAAUUUAUGGAACCAUUCCUGUCUUUACUGCUUGUCCUUUCUGAACUGGAGUUCAACCUUAACAUUGAGAACUGCAGCUUUUUGGAUGACAGCUGGCUGUUGCCGGUGUGUGAUGUUUAUGAGAUAGUACCAUGCCGGGAACUGGGAAUGGUACUCAGAUACCUUGGUGGACGCGUCUUCGUGUUGGACCUGAUUGAGGGCAGCCAGGCGCAGGUAGACGGAUGUGUGCUGCCCGGUGACAUCAUCGACGAAAUCAACGGGAUAUCUCUGAGGAACGCCUCCAACAGACAGGCGGGCACAGUGCUGGCACAGCUGAGGGGCGCCCCGCUGUCCCUGCGUGUGCUGCGAUGGAGGGCCGAGGACGGAUCAGUGUACCGGCCCGUGGUCAGACUCCUGCAGGAACUUCAGCGGGAGCAUCCGUCGCUGUGGCUGCGCCCCACCUCCCUGCCCCCGCCACGACAGGAGUCCCAGUGCCUGAGGGAUGGGCGGAUCGUGUACAUCGUGCAGUAUUUGGGAAAGGCCAGCGUCGGAAUGUAUGGGGGAAAGGAAGUGCUGCAGCACGGGAUUGCUCUGGUCCUGGAACAGAAUCGGCCCAAAAAGCUGCUCCCACAGGCGGCGCUGUUCGACCUGAAGGAGACACAUGUGACCUGCAUGGAGAAGACGACGAAACAAGAGAUUUUCCAGUAUCACUACCCAGAGAUUUCCUGUGUGGGGAGAUACAGCCAAUCAGACCAUACGAUCUUUGCCUUCUGUGUCGUAGACUGCCUAGAACCCCCCCAGUCACCAAGCUUCAGCUGCUUGGCAAUGCGAGCAGGAUCUGCUGAGGAAUGCGAAGCCAUCGUCACCCGGAUAGCCAUUGGUUUCAAGCACACAGAGGGGUUUGUCUGAGAUGGCCGAACAGACACUAACCUCCCCACUGGCAACUUUGAAGGUCCGAGUUCAAUACGCUAUACUGUAUACUAGCUAUACUAUACCAACUAUAACUACUUGCUGUUCGCAAUCACCUAAAACUGUCUGUCCCUCAUG